GAAGAGUUUGGAAACCAGCCACCACUCAACAUUGUGAUCCAGAUUGUCGGUAGCCGCGGCGAUGUUCAGCCUUUCAUCGCCUUGGGCAAUGAAUUGCAAAAGUCAGGACAUCGAGUGAGACUAGCAACCCAUGACGUUUUUCGCGACUUUGUUACCAACUCUGGACUUGAGUUCUAUCCCAUCGGAGGCGAUCCAAACGAACUCAUGUCAUACAUGGUCAAGAAUCCUGGGUUGAUACCAAGCAUGAAGACGAUGCAAGCGGGAGAAAUCACAAAAAAGAGAGCAAUGAUCCGAGAGAUGCUAGAUGGUUGUUGGAGAUCAUGUAUCGAGCCUGACGACGCUACUGGGGCUCCAUUCGUCGCUGAUGCUAUCAUUGCCAACCCGCCUAGUUUUGCCCACAUGCACUGCGCUCAAGCAUUGUGUAUCCCAGUACACCUCAUGUUCACCAUGCCCUGGACAGCGACAAAGAACUUCCCACAUCCGCUAGCGAAUAUCCAGGCCAAUAACGCUGAGCCCACUAUGGUCAAUCGGCUCUCUUACGCCAUGGUCGAGUGGAUGACAUGGCAAGGUCUCGCAGACGUGGUGAACAGCUGGCGCGAAACAAUGGAUCUGGAACCUGUACCCACCACUGAAGGACCAUUUCUCGCUUACACACAAAACAUCCCUACGACAUACUGCUGGUCAGGCGCGCUUGUUCCAAAGCCUUUGGAUUGGGGUCAACAUAUCGACGUCUGUGGGUUCUUCUUCCGCGAUAUGCCUGAUUACAAGCCUCCUCGAGAUUUACAAGACUUUCUGGCUUCUGGACCGACACCAAUUUAUGUUGGCUUUGGUAGUAUUGUCCUUGAAGAUCCGGAGAAGAUGUCGGCGAUCAUCUCAGAGGCAGUCAGGAGUACUGGCGUUCGCUGCAUACUGUCAAAAGGGUGGGCCAGAUUGCGCAACGUCUCGAAUUCGCCAAACAUCUUCGAACUGGACGAUUGUCCGCAUGAAUGGCUCUUCCAGAAUGUGUCAGCGGUCGUACACCACGGAGGUGCUGGCACGACAGCAUGUGGUCUCAAGAAUGGUCUUCCUUCCCUAGUAUGCCCCUUCUUCGGCGAUCAACCAUUCUGGGGCGAGAUGAUUGCCGCGGCUGGAGCAGGACCAAAGCCAAUCCAUCACAAGAAUCUCACGGCUGAAAACUUGGGUGAAGCUAUCAGAUUUAUCAUCACUCCUGAAACAGCACAUGCUGCCCGACAAAUUGCAUUACGCAUGGCAACAGAGAAUGGUGUCAAGACAGCAGUGCAAUCUUUCCAUCGCAACUUACCUCGUCAAUCGAUUCGCUGCGACUUGAUGCCGCAUCUCCCAGCAGUCUGGACGUACAAGGUAUCUUCGAAGCGCACCAUCAAGCUUUCAAAGCUCGCUGCAGAAGUCCUGGCAGAUCACCUCAAGAUUGAUGGAAAAAAGCUCGGCAUGAACGAGACCAGGAGCUAUCUGAUCGAGAACCGCAGAUGGGACCCUUUGACUGGUGGAGCAAGUGCCGCCAUCAGCACAGUAUACAGAUCUGGCAUGGCCAUAGGUGAUGGCUUCAGCAAGGAAUAUGAAGACGACGACAGCAAGUCCAUCAUGACAAUCAAAAGUGGAGAUCUCAAGAUCAAGAAACGCAAAGAAAAUAACAACAACAACAUAGCCAAAGGCUUCGGCAAAGCGGGCGGCGCACUGAUGAAAGGCUCCCUCGUCGACAUCCCCUUCGCCCUAGCCGAAGGCCUCCGCAACGCUCCCCUCAUGUAUGGCGACAAACCCCGCGACUUCGGCCCCGUGAUCGACUGGAAGUCCGGCGGUGUAGUCGCAGGCAAAGGCCUCGUUUUCGGCAUCUACGACGGCAUUUCCGGUCUAGUGACUGAGCCCAUCAAGGGAGCCCGCAAAGAAGGUGCAAUCGGUGCUUUGAAAGGGUUUGGAAAGGGGUUGGGUGGGAUUUAUUGGAAACCUAAUGCUGGGUUGGCUGGGUUGUUGGGGUAUACGGUGCAGGGAAUUUAUAAGAAUGGGGUUAGGAAAGGGACCUCAGAGUCGACUUGGUCAACAGUAGGGACUAACUGA